GUCAAAAUUUACAUGCCAACCAUGCAUUAAUUUUCAUGGUUCAUGGACUUCAUAAAUCAUGGAAGCAACCAAUAGCCUAUUUUUUUACAAGAGAUACAAUUAAAACUGAACAACUUAAAACACUUAUAAAAGAAAUAAUAAUAGAAUUAGAGAAAGCUAAUCUUUAUAUAUUAACCACAGUUUGUGACCAAGGGGCCACCAAUCGUUGUGCAAUUACCCAAUUGUGUCGGGAAAAUAGUAACAGGCCAGAACCAUAUUUUGUUUUAAAUGACCAUAAAAUAUUUACACUCUUUGACCCACCACACCUUAUAAAGUCAACUCGUAAUGCCCUUUUAAAAUAUAUCAUAAAAUACUCUAACACAAAAUUUGCUAAAAUGGAUCACAUUAAACAAUGCUUUUACAUAGAUAAGACAAAAAGAUUUCAAGCCUUACGGAAAAUCAGGGAAUGUUAUCUUACAUUAAAAAAUCAAAAUCGCCUUAAAAUGAAGGUGUGUAUAGCAGCAAGAACUUUAAGUCACACCGUUGCUGCUUGCAUUGAACAAAUGGUUAGUAACCCUUGCAAUAAUUUGCCAGUUGAUGCCAUUAAUACGGCUGAAUUUGUACACGACAUGGACAGACUAUUUGAUAGCUUUAACGGGCGAACGCCCCAACCAGAAAUGGGUAAGCCCUAUCGGAGGUGUUUAUCGAAUAAAUCUCCACACAGGGCUCUUUGGAACAACCUUAAACCAAAAAUAAGAAGUUGGGAGUUUAUUUCUGUUUCUGAUGGCAAAAGGAAAUCCAAAAUGCCAUUUAAAUCAGGUUGGCUCACCACUAUAGAUGCGACCUGUCAGUUGUGGGAGAUAUGUCGGGAACUUGGUUUUAAAUUUUUGCGUACAAGGUCGCUUAAUCAAGACCCAUUAGAAAAUUUAUUCGCUUCAAUUCGAAACCUUGGUGCUCAAAACACAACUCCUAACCCAUAUCAACUGAUAUCGUGUUUCAAAACCUCAAUAUUAAAUAAUUUAAUUACCCCUACAUGUAACCGAAAUUGUGAAAAGGAUGAAGCCGGCAUUUUGGACAAUCUACAAGAUUUUUUACAAAGUGACACAAAUAACACAAUACCUUUACCAUUAUUUGAAGUUAAUGAACUGGAUACGAUAAAAAUACCUGGUUUAGACAUCCAAUUUAAUGAACAAGAGUCAAAUACAGCUGCAUAUGUUGCAGGCUUUUUAAUAAAAAAAUUUAAAACGAAACUACAAUGUGAGUAAUGUUUUGGAAACUUAAUUAGCAAGAACACUGAGCCACAGCACACAUUUACGAUGUUUAAAGAAUUUACGGACUCAAAGAAAAGACUGACCUAUGUGACCAAAGAGGUGACAUAUAUAUUAAUGAGACUCCAUGAGAUUAUUUUUUAUAUCCUACCAAAAUAUGGAUACAUAAAUCAUGUUACAAAAAAAAUUAAACUGUAUACAAAAAACAAUAUUCCUUUUGAUUGGUUUACUUGCAUUGAACAUUUAGAUGCAAUUAAAAAUGAAUUUUUAGACGUUUCAAUACCGCUAAUAAUUAGAAAAUAUUAUGAUGACGUACACAGAAAUCUUCAGCGCAAUAAUUCCACUAAUAAGAAAUAUGACCAAAAAAAAAUUAAAAAAAUUAAACAUUUAUCCUAAAUAAAUUCAGAUUGUGAUCUUGGUUGUGAUUUGUUUUAUAGUAUAGUUACGUACCUUUUUUAUUAUUUUUUUUAAUAUUGUCUAUGCAUAUAUAGACUUUUGUCCUGAUUUAGUUUUGAGUUCUGUUGUUUAAUGGACCAAGAUACAUUCUUUAAAUAAAAUGUAAUUUGGUCGUCAAUGAUCUCUCUAGUUCAUUAUUCAAAGGCUCUUGUUUAGAAAGUUUAUCAUUUUUAUAAAAUGUUGUGAUACACUACCUACCUUAGUUCUGUUGUUUAAUUUUAAGAUUAAGUUAAUUUGUCGUUAACGACAUGGCUCAUUAUUCACAAGUUCGUGUUCCUAAGUUUUUCAUUUUUAUGUAAUGUUGUGAUAUACGUACUUAGUUUUUAGUUCUGUUGUUUAAUGGACCAAGAUACAU